GUUGACAAGUCGAUCUCUUAUUUUCCAAGGUAAUAACCGCAAAAGAUUCAUCUCCCCCAAUCCGCCUGCUGAGCUUUUCAAGGCAGCAGAUUAACCUCCCAAAUCCAAUUCCAAAUUAUUCCCACAGACGCUCUCCUGUUCUUCGUUUCUUCUUGCUCCUCGCCUCGAUCGAGACAGGAAGCGGCAUGGGGCAAUCUUCAAGCCAAGGCAGAAGAAACGAUCGCUAUCCACAAUCCCCGUCGGUUUACUCCACUCCUCCUAAUCCGCCUGCUUCUGCCCCGAACCAGUCCGCCUCCAUGGUCCCCUACGCUUCCUCUCAUCCGCCGCCGCCACUGCAGCCGCCGCCUCCUCCUCGCUUCUACUACAGCACGCCUUACCCUGAGUCCUCGCCCGCAAACCCUGGUUCUUCUUACUACCACCAACCUAACCCUUGGAUGCCCCGCCCUUGUUACCCACCAUACUAUGCCCCCGAUCGGAGCGGUGGCUGGUGGCAGCCGAACACUUACUCCCCCGCGAUGACUAGUCAGCCGUCAGAACCGCCCCCGCCGUCUGUGGAGCAGGCUAAGAAGGUGAAGAAUGAUGUCAACGUGCACAAGGAUUCGAUCCGGCUGGUGCCUGAUGAGCAGAAUCCAGAUCACCUUCUGGUCUCGUUCACCUUUGAUGCUGUGGUCAGUGGGAGGAUCACUAUUUGUUACUUCGCUAAGGAAGGACCCGAAGGUGAUAUUGUUCCUUUAUAUGCUGAUGCUUACACUCCUAAGAAAAUAGCCUUUGCAGAAGGUCAUGGGUUAAAAUUCAUCCAACCUUCAGGAUCUGGAAUUGACUUGGGAUUCUUCGAUUUGGAUGAGCUUGCACAUCCUUUACCAGGAGAUGCAUUCCCACUAGUUGUAUCUGCUGAAUCAAGUCAAAUGCCAUCAAAUUCUCCCCAUUCGCAAAUUACUCAAGCUGUCAUAGAGAAGAAUAGUAAUGGGACUUUUCAAGUCAAGGUAGUAAAGCAGAAAUUGUGGGCUGAUGGUGAACAAUAUGAAUUGCAAGAAAUAUUUGGUCUUGCAAGCUCCACAGAACCAAAAGUCGUUGGUGGUGUGGACGAAUCUGAUGAUGGAAAGGAUUGUGUAAUUUGUUUGUCAGAACAAAGGAAUACCACUGUACUUCCUUGUAGGCACUUGUGCUUGUGCAGUGAAUGCGCCAAAGCUUUAAGUCGGCAAUCAAAUAAAUGCCCCAUAUGCCGGCAACCUGUUGAACAAUUUAUGGAGAUCGAUGUUAAUACUGUGAAAUCGUGAACAGACUCUUUCAAUAUGUUAGUUCGCAAAGUUCUCUCCAAGUGUGUGUGCAUACUUCUAAAUAAAGUUAAUUUCUUUGAUGUGUAUCAAUGUUUAUACCUUCAUAUAAGAGAAGUGUUGUAAGUAUAUUAUUUAUCUUUAUUUGAAAUAUUAUGCUUUGAAA